AUUCUAGCAGUCUGUGUACUGAGCCGGGCGGGUGUGCAGAAGUUUCAUAACUGACUCAAUAUUACUAAAUUUAAAAUAAUAACAACAGAAAAUAUGUAAUUAAUGCAUGGCUCUCUUAUAAUUUGUGUGACUCUAUCAAUAGCAUCAAGAAAUUUGCAUAGAAGAACAUUGAAUAACAAAGCAAUAUGUGUUGGGUCAAUUCUAACCUCUACAAACUGAAAGUGACAGAAUGGCAGGUUACGAGUUUUCUAAUGAAAUGUAAAGUGGACUAAAUAUUCAUUCGAAGUAUUUCACGAAGAGCUCAGUGAAAUAUAUUUAAAACCAUAUAACUGCUUCAUUUACUAUAAUUAGUGGAAAAAGUGGACAAUACUUUCUUGCAGAUUGAAAUGUCAUGUGAAAAGUAAACAACUGGCCAUUAUAAAGAAAUUCUGUUGUUAAAAUGGGCAAAUUGAAAUAUCCAGGUCACAGAAGAAAAUCUAUUAAUCUUAUCAUGUUUUGAAGAAACAAUGGAAAAAAGAAAAGGGAAUAGAACGCGACUUAGCGAUCACAAACACAUUUUAUAAAGUUGAGGACCAUGAUGUGAAAGUGGACAUCAGCCUGGUGCCGCCAUGAAGCGGUCCUAUCCUUUCCUCGUAUUCCUGGCCACGGUGAUGGCUACAGCAACAUCAGCGGCCGUUCCCAAACAAAUAGUCAAAACAUUUUCGGAUCCGAAAGUGCAAGCUUUUAAUCAUCUUGUUAUUGAUAAAAAUACUGGACGCGUGUACAUAGGAGCCGUGAACCGUCUUUACCAACUUUCCCCCGAUCUUGAUUCAGUUAUCACCGAAGUAACAGGUCCUAAAUUGGAUUCAGAUGAUUGCUCAGUCCUAGAAUGUAAUACUGCGAUCAACAAAAAACUCACAGACAACGUUAACAAAGCUUUGGUGAUUGAUUACACCACAUCUAGAUUAAUAUCUUGUGGAAGUCUUUCUCAAGGUAUUUGCUCCGUUAGGCCUCUACAAAACAUAUCUGAAAGUAGCAUAGAAGUAAGAGAAGCUGUUGUGGCAAACAAUGCAACUGCUUCUACUGUGGCAUUUAUUGCCCCAGGUCCUCCAAAUCCUCCAGUAUCACAAGUAAUGUAUGUUGGAGUGACUUUUACCUUAGGAUCGCCGUAUCGGUCCGAAGUGCCAGCGGUGAGCAGUCGAUCCUUAGAUAAAGACAAAAUGUUUUCAAUAGCUCAAACGGCCGUAACGACGGGUACUAGAAUGUUCGUUAAUUCUUUAGCUAGGGAACGAUAUCCAAUUACGUAUGUAUAUGGCUUCUCCUCCGAAGGGUUUAGUUAUUUCUUGACAACGCAAAUGAAACAUACUACUUCUAGCCAAUUCAUCAGUAAACUAGUGAGAGUGUGCCACGAUGAUGAAAAUUACUAUUCUUAUACAGAAAUACCCAUGGACUGCAUUAGUGAAGCACAAGGGGGUAGAAAAUAUAAUCUAGUACAGGCUGCAUAUGUUGGUAAAGCGGGUUCCGAUCUUGCCUCAGAUUUGGGUAUAACAGCACAAGAUGAUGUACUGUUUGCGGUGUUUAGUGAAAGUGAUCCAGUGAUUGCCAAUAAACCUUCUGAUCUUUCGGCACUCUGCGUUUAUUCACUAAAGUCGAUUCGACGAAAAUUCAUGCAAAAUAUCAAGACGUGUUUCAGUGGAAAAGGACAACGAGGCCUUGAUUUCAUAUCUCCAAGUCAUCAAUGUGUACUAACGAAACUACAAACAAUAGGUGAAGAUUUCUGCGGUCUGGACGUCAACACACCUUUAGGUGGAGAACAUGCUUUGUCAGCUAUGCCAGUUCUUAUUUUCAAUACUCGUUUAACAGCUGUAGUUGCUACCUCUACUGGAGAUUUCACCGUUGUUUUCAUUGGUACAUCUACAGGUCACUUGAAAAAAGUAGUCGUAGAGUUGUCAAACUCCGCUUUGGAAUAUGGAGAUUUGACUGUCGAAGAAGGGUCUCCCGUAAAUCCGGAUUUGCACUUUGAUUCACAGUCUAUGCAUCUAUAUGCGAUGACAGAGAAAAAGGUAUCGAAAGUCAAAGUGCAAGAAUGUACCGUUUAUAGAAAUUGUUUAGAAUGUCUAGGAGUGAAAGAUCCCUAUUGCGGUUGGUGUUCCCUAGAAAAUAAAUGUAGCCUACGAUCUGAUUGUCAAGAUGCUGCCAAAGAUCCUCUAUAUUGGAUAAGUUACAAGAGUGGAAGAUGUACGACUAUAACAUCAGUAAUACCCAAUCAGUUACAAAGAACAACUGCAAGAACGUUGGAUUUGGUCAUUGACAAUUUACCAACACUAGAAGGACACUUCUUGUGUGCCUUUACAGCUCUCGAUAAAACAUUGAUAACAAAUGCUACAAGAAAAGGAUCAGGAGUGAACUGCACAACACCAAGAACUGAUGCUUUACCUUCAAUUCCUCCCGGACAACAUCAUUUUACUGCUAAACUGUCUGUUAGAAUGACUUCGGGUCCUGAUUUUGUAGCUACAAAUUUCACUUUUUUCGACUGCAAUACUUAUAGUUCUUGUACUCAGUGUGUUUCAUCCUCGUUUCCCUGUGAUUGGUGCGUUGAUGGCCACAGAUGUACACACGAUACUGCCGAAAAUUGCCGAAAUGAUAUUCUAGUUACUGGCAUCAGUAGAGCAGGGCCGAGCUACAGAUCGGGUCCGGCGUUUUGCCCAACGAUAAAUGCCACAGUGGGAAAUUCUCCGGAAAUCCUUGUUGCUUCUGGCAUAAAGAAGGCCAUUAAAGUGAAGGUUCACAUAAUUGGACAAUUUAUUGUUCAAACCAGAUUUGUUUGUCAAUUUAAUAUUGAAGGACGAGUGACCAGCGUAAAUGCUCAAUUACUUGGUGAUACUAUUUACUGCGACCCAAUGGAAUUUGCAUAUACCUCUCGAGCACCAAAUAUAACCGCUACAUUUGCUGUUAUUUGGGGAGGAUCCAAGCCUCUUGAUAAUCCUGAUAAUAUUCAUAUUGUGAUAUAUCGCUGUCGUGAUAUGGCAGACAACUGUGGAAUAUGUUUGGCACUAGCUGAAAAAUAUGAUUGUGGUUGGUGCCAAAGUUCUGAUCGAUGUGAGGUAAAGGACCAAUGCGAGAAAGGAUCUGCUGUUUGGUUGAAUAGAAGUCAAACAUGUCCAAAUCCAGAAGUAACAUCUUUUAGUCCAGAAUUGGGACCUUGGGAAGGAGGAACUAAUAUUACUAUUCAAGGUAUUAACCUUGGUAAAAACUUCCAGGAUAUCUAUUCUGGUAUUAGCAUUGCUGGAAUUAAUUGUCAACCAUAUGAACAUCUUUAUAUCAAAACUAAACAGAUUGUAUGUCAGGUUGAUGGGCCUGGUACUAAGGAACUGCGUCAAGGUCCUGUUACUGUUAAAGUUGAAGAUUACCGUGGCGAAUCUAAAAUGCAUUAUAGAUUUGUAAAUCCCAAUAUUACUGGCAUUUCCCCUAAGUGUGGACCAAAAUCUGGAGGAACAAUGUUACAAAUUACAGGGGAAUAUAUGAAUGCUGGUAGUAAUAUUCAAGCGUUCUUAGAUGAUCUUCCAUGUAGAAUUCUUUCCACUGAUCAAAAUCAAGCUUUAUGCAUAACCAGUGCGUCCGAAACUACUACCAAGAGAAAGCUGAGAAUGAAGUUUGAUAAGGGCGAUCGAUUUUUAGAUAGUAUGAUGUUUGAAUAUGUAGAUGAUCCUGUAAUCGAAUCUGCAGAAUCUGGUGUAGCUAGUCAAAUAAAAGUACCCAAAGGCAUACCAGCAGGCGGAAUAAAGAUUUCAGUUACUGGUAGAAACUUGGCUUUUAUACAAAAACCACAGAUGUAUGUUUUUUAUGAACAAAAAAUGUUUAUCAGUGAAUGUACUGUUUUAAGCAAUACAAGUAUGGUUUGCCUUAGUCCAGUUAUCGAUGCUGCUGAAGAUGUUAAAUUAGAUGCUGACAACCCAUUGAAAUUAGAAUAUGGAUUCCGUAUGGAUAAUGUAACUGGCGUUCAAAAUUUAACACUGAACAAAGAAUUUAAUCGAUUCCUUUUGUAUCCCAAUCCGAUAUUUAUACCAUUCGAAAAAGAAGUUAAAUACUACAAGUCUGAUUACCUCAAUAUUAAUGGUCAAAACAUUGAUCGUGCUUGCCAAGAAUCUGAUGUGCAAGUACUAAUAGGAAGAAGUACUUGUAAUGUAACAUCUUUAUCACGUCAACAGCUAACAUGUCGGCCUCCCGAAACUCAACCUCCUGCUAUUAACGAGCAAGAUGUACCAAAUGGUGAAGCAUUACCAGAAGUAGUUGUUAUAGUUGGGGGAUCUCUACAUUAUAACAUUGGAGUUCUUUCAUAUUCAUCACCUCAAGGAAUAAAUGGUUCAAUCACAAAACCCACACUUAUUGCAAUAAUAUGUGUAGCUGUUGCCAUCGUCAUCGUGUUUAUUAUCUUUUUGAUCGCCUACCGUAGAAAGUCCACUGAAAGUAAUCGAGUACUGAAGAAUAUGCAAGAACAAAUGGAUAUUCUGGAACUUAGAGUAGCAGCAGAAUGUAAAGAAGCAUUUGCAGAACUACAAACUGAAAUGACUGAUCUCACAGGAGAUUUGACUUCUGGUGGUAUACCCUUCCUUGAUUACAGAACUUAUGCCAUGAAAAUUUUGUUUCCCAAUGUUGAUGAUCAUAUCGUUCUCCAGUGGGAACGUCCAGAAUUAUUAUGCAAAGAUAAAGGUCUAAGGCUCUUUGGGCAACUCAUUAUGAAUAAAACUUUCUUAUUACUAUUCAUAAGGACUUUGGAAAGUAAUAGAUAUUUCUCUAUGCGAGAUAGAGUAAAUGUAGCCAGCUUAAUAAUGGUUACUUUACAAAGCAAAAUGGAAUAUUGUACAGACAUCCUCAAAACUCUUCUGGCUGAACUGAUAGAGAAGUGUAUGGAAGGAAAGAGUCAUCCCAAAUUACUGCUGCGCAGAACUGAAAGUGUUGCUGAAAAAAUGCUUAGUGCUUGGUUUACCUUUCUUCUUUAUAAGUUUUUGAGAGAAUGUGCAGGGGAGCCUUUAUUCAUGCUGUUUAGAGCGGUUAAGCAACAAGUUGACAAAGGACCAGUUGAUGCCAUUACUUCGGAAGCUCGUUAUUCGCUCAGCGAGGAGAAACUAAUAAGACAAUCAAUAGAUUUUAAGCCAAUGACCGUUUAUGUCUCCAUAUCACAACAGACUGUUUUUGUUGGAGGCAUGGAUCAUAAUACAGAUAAUGUUCCUGUAAAAGUUUUAGACUGUGAUACUAUUAGUCAGGUCAAAGAAAAAUCACUGGACACUAUUUACAGAGCCACACCUUAUUCGCUACGACCAAGAAAAGACGACUUAGAUCUAGAGUGGAGAACAGGUACCUCAGGCAGACUGAUUUUAUAUGACGAAGAUAGUACUACUAAAAUAGAAGGAGACUGGAAAAGAAGAAAUACUUUGCAGCAUUACAGAGUACCUGAUGGUGGAUGUCUAAACCUAGUAUCCAAGCAAAGUUCCAUUUAUAAUUUAAGUAUUUUCUCUGAGAAAAACGAUAAGUCUCACAAAUAUGAAACUCUAAAUCUCAGUAAAUUUAGUUCAGUAAGCCCUCCACUAAGUCGAGCAACUAGUCCAUUAAACCAUGACCACGAUCAAGGACUAAAGGUGUGGCAUCUUGUCAAACAUCAUGAUAAUGAUAAUCAAAAAGAAGGAGAAAGAGGAAACAAAAUGGUUUCGGAAAUAUAUUUAACCAGACUUCUCGCAACAAAAGGUACACUACAAAAAUUCGUAGACGAUCUGUUUGAGACAAUCUUCAGUACAGCGCAUAGAGGAUCUGCAUUACCUUUGGCGAUAAAGUACAUGUUUGAUUUUCUGGAUGAUCAAGCUUUACAACAUGGAAUAUCAGAUCCUGAAGUAGUACAUACAUGGAAGAGCAACUCUCUUCCAUUAAGGUUUUGGGUGAAUCUCAUAAAAAAUCCCAAUUUUGUAUUUGACAUACAUAAGUCUAAUAUAGUAGAUUCUUGUUUAUCUGUGGUUGCUCAAACAUUUAUGGAUUCAUGUUCAACGUCGGACCAUAGAUUAGGAAAAGAUUCGCCCAGUUCCAAACUUCUGUAUGCAAAAGAUAUUCCAUGUUACAAAGAAUGGGUAGAAAGAUAUUAUUCUGAUAUUAAGACGAUGCCAGCCAUAUCUGAUCAAGAUAUGAAUGCCAUGUUAGCAGAGGAUUCAAGGGUAAAUCUUCACACUACAGAAUUUAAUACAAAUUGUGCUCUGCAUGAACUCUACACAUAUGCUAUGAAGUACAACGAGCAAUUAACAGUUACCUUGGAGGAGGACGAAUUCUCCCAGAAACAACGACUGGCCUACAAAUUAGAGCAAGUUCACAACAUAAUGGCAGAAUCGGGGCAGCCGUGAUACUGGCCUGACCUGACGUGCCCCCCCACUGCUCCUCCUUUGUCCCCUAUAUUCCCUUCGGCACCUCAGGAACUGGCUUGCUGAUAAAAGUUUCAUGCCAAAUAUACAUAUCCAUUAUCAAAACAAUUUUUAUGUGUUAUGGAUUGCUGUUGUGCAAUUAUUGUUCAGUGUAUUGUGGAGCAGUGCUCACUCAGUGACUUCAAAGUGCCUCUGGUAGAUUGAGUGUGGUGCUAGCUCCAAAAAUGUGUACUAUAUUUUUAUGAUAACACUAGAAUAAUGCUUUACUGUGCUGAAGAUCAGCGUCUUAGUCUAGGCCCGUUUUCAAGAAAGCUUAGGCUGACACAGUUUCAUGUACAGUACUUUUAAUACACUUUAUUUCUAUAUUAAGGGUAAAAUGUACCUUAUUGUAUAAAUUGUGUAAACAGAAGAUAGAAUUUUUCAGAUCAUCGCACAAUACAGGGAAAAUUUGAUGAAUUUUGCAAAUUAUGAAUACCGCGCAAUAAGUAAAAGACAUGGUGACGCAACUUUUGCUGUUAUUUUGUUUUUUUUAACAUACAAAUUUGAGAUUAUCGAUAUUUAUGUAAUUUUACGUAAUUAAUUUAUAAUUGUAUAUCUUAUAUUAGACAAUGCAUUUUAUGCACACAUUAUAUUUACAGGCAUAAUAACUACGGCUGGCAGCUUUUUAAUUUUCUAUUAUUACGUUUUCUGAAAGAUUCAAAAUGUUUCUUUAAGAUAGGUGUGAAAAGAAAAUAAAAUAAUAUCAAAACACUGUAUUCCCUGCUUUUGCAGAGCAAGCUUCCUUGAAAACUUCCACAUCGAAAAUCUAUCCUCAACUAUCUUAUGUUAAAUACAUCAAAUAUUCAAUAGAAAAGAGAAGUCUUCAUGAGUACUUGAUUUCUAGUUUUUAUUUUUAGAAACAAAUUAAAUCAUUUAGUGAUUGGCGAUAUAACAAGAUAAGGUCAAAGCUUAGUUAAGAAAGAGUCAUAUUACAGAUUGUCGAAAAAAGUAUAAAUGCUGAUUCCAUAUCAGUUCCAUAACAUAUACCCACAUAAUUGAAGUUUCAAUUAAUAUAAAAUAAUGUACUUUUUCUUUUUUUUAUAAUUUUUUUUUUCAAGUGAUUAAAAGAAUGUAAUGAAAAGUGUAAACAAUAAUUGUUCAGUCAGCGACCAAUAUUGUCAAAAAACGAACAAAAUAAUUAUACAUUUUAUUUGGUAUCAAAUAUUGUUUUGUAUUGAGUAGGGUUUUAAUUUUUUCCUCUUAAAACAUCCCAAUAAACUAUUUUUUAAUUAUUUAUUCAUGGACCUAAUACUCAGUUAAUUGGCUGGUUCUCCAUACCACAUCUACAACGCAGAUCAUUCCCAUUUUUGCAGUAUAGGCCUUUCAACCAGUUUUGGUAAUUCAUAAACUUGAAUAUAAGGAACAGAAUGUCUUAGAUUUAAAUGUGAAUAUCUAGAAUUCCUAUUAUUUUGCUUAACAAUGUCACUUGAUCUCCUAAGUUUGUCAUAUAUACAUUCCAUGUCCCUAAUUCAUCUAAUUGAUUGACAAGUUUUACUGAUUUGCAAACAUGUGGAAAUAGGCAAAAAUUUAUCUAACUUGAGAAGUAGAAAACAGUAAUAUCCUGCAUUAUCUCUGGAAAUCAAAUUUCUAAAAUUUAAUUUUAAAAAAUUAUAGUAUAAUUAUUUGGAAUUUCACUAUUUCAUUGUUAUCGAGAAAAUUCAAUGAUAAAAAUUGUAAUAGUAGUCAGGUAUUUGAGAAACAUGUUAUUGUUUCUUAGAAUUGGGCUUUUAAAUUUAACACCAAUCCAAUUGCAAUGAAUAGAAAGUAUAUUAUAUUAUUGCAAUACAUUUGAACUACUUUGGUCAAAACUUUACUUUCCUUUCAAAAACCAUUAUUUUGCACGUUGUAGUACGGGAUAUUUAAUUCAGCAAAUUUUUAAGAUUGUAAGUAUAUUAAUUGAUUGAUGAUUGCAAAUUAUGGCUUUGAUUAGAUCGAUUAGUAAUGGCAGAAUUACUAUUUCUCAUGCAUGCUUCAUUGAUUGCUGUAACCAGAAUGAUAUUUUUUAUAAUAUAUACCAAAAAAAAAUUUGUUGUCAACGAAAAAAUAGUAAAAGAACGUAAAACGAUUGUCAAAUGAAGUCUGAAUAAUACUUUAGAUACGGGAAGUCUGAUUAAAUACAAUAAAUUAUAAAAUUUUAUAUUUGAAUAUUCGAUAAAUUUUAUACUGUCAUUUAAUAACAUAGUUAUUAGGGAAUGGUUAUUUGUAAUAUUUCAUCAGAGUGAUAUUUGGAUAUAGGUUGAAUACUAAAUGUUGCUCACUUGAACAUCAUUUUGUAUUUUGCAUAUGCAUUUAUCACAUAAAAAAUUUUUAAUUAAUGUAUUCAACAAAUAAAUUCUAAAAUUUAUCUGAGAACUAUGUUUUCUUACUUUGAUUGAAAUUAUUUGUAUUCCACAGUAUCAAAAAAUUAAUCUUCCAUUUAUUAAUUUUUAAUUCUGAUUUCUUUGAGUAACAACUACAAACACAAAUACUAUUUUGGAUAAGUGGAUCAGUUGGGUCUGAAGGCUGAGUUGGAUACAUUACAACUAAAUCUAUACAAAAUACAUUUUAGUUUAUCAAUCUGUGGAAAAUGAAGAUUCUAGUUAGUAUCCAAUACAUUAGUUUCGAAAUUGUAUUAAAUGACAGUAUGACGUAGAUUGUUUUAAUGCAUUUUACAGGGUUUAUGUUUUAUACUAGUUUAUUGUUUUUAUUUACAAGGAAGACCAUGAAAGUAUUACAUAACACCUGUAAGGCAUCAAAGGUGUUGAAUUUAUUUAAUUGAGCAAGAAAAUCUAACAUAAUUAAUUGUUUAGUAAUACAUAUUUUGUAAAAAGUUGCUGAGUGCAGUUCUAACACAUUGAUGUAAAUAUAUGUAUGUCUAAAAAUUUAGUUAUAAUUUUUCAAUUUCCCACUUAAUUUUCAGAUUUCAAAAUAUUUUUGUUUAUUAUGCAGUACCAUGUUUUUUAUGUGAGAUUAAAAUAAUGUGAUAAUGAUGAUGAUUACAUUUUACUUUGAAAAAAAAUUUUGUUGACCAAACUUGUAUAGGACUUUAAUCUUUUAUCCAUCUCCUCUGGAUCCGGAACGUCAGUUUGAGACAUUAGACUUCUAUGGGAGGAUGGAGAUUCCCUCCACAACAUUGCUACAUAAAAGUAUCCUAGAUUGCAGUUUAAUAUAUUGUUAGGCAUAGUGAUUAUUUUUCCCAGAGUUACAUAAUUGGUGGUUUUAUAAGAUGUCCAAUUUUUAGAUACAUCACUUCCUUAGGCAGACGAUCAAACUGUCAGAAUUUCACUAUGAAAUUUCACAAAAACAUCGACUUCUUCCUUAUGUAGUAUUAUGAUCAUAGUUUUUUGUCUUGUAUUCUGAGCUAUAAAAAUACCAUUUCUUUAGACUAAAAAGAUUUUUUUGUACACAUAACCUUAAGGUUAUGUUUGAAUAGAAUUAAUUUCCUUAGAUAUCUUUUGAUCUGCAAACUUUUAUAUGAAAUUAGAAAAUAUCGAAAUAGUUUUUUAACAGUGUCAGCAGUCCCUAUAAAAAAUUAUGAAAAUCUAGUAUUGGGAUGAUAUUAGACAAGAUAAUUGUGUAUCGAAACUAACGAGUCAACACAGGUAAUUGGCACGGAAAUGAUAGUUUCUAUCACAAUAAGCACAAUAAAUCAAAUCGACAAAUUUAUGUUUAGUACUUUAUGAUUUUCAAUUUUUUAGAAUGUUGAUUAACAAUAAUUGUUUGAAAAACUGGAAAUAUGUCCUAUGAAGAAUGCAAUGGCAAUUGGAGCUCUUUUUGAAGAUAUUAACAUCUAUCCGUUGGACAAGUUAUGUCUGAGAAGACUGAAGGAUAUGAUUAAUUUUGUAAAUAAUAACAAUAUAUUUUUAUCAUUUAAUGACCAUUUACAUGUAUUUGCUACAUAUGUUGAACUAUAGUAACAUACUGAUUUCAAUAUUUAAUAUUGAUACCAAUAAAAUUUGUAUCACAAGAUAUGAUAGAUAGUUUUAUAUAAAUUCUUUAUAUUAUUAUAAAUUUGCUAGUAGGUAAAACAAUAUGUAGUUCCUUCGGUUUACCAUAUGAAGCAUUCAAAUAUCUUGAUGUUAUAUGCUUAUUAUUUUUUAUCUUAGAAUUCAAGUUAGAAUUUAGAGAAAAGAUUUAUGUUUUUUUAACAGACAAUUUUACUAAAUAAAUUUCAAUUGACUUGAAAAGCCCUUCCAUUAAAUAAAAUUUUUGACAGUUUGACUUUUUGAUAUUUCUAAAAGUGAUUAAUAGAUUCCACAGAAAAUUAUAUAUAAGGAAACAAUAUCUUGGAUUUAAAUGUGAAUAUCUACAAUUCCUGUUAUUUGAUCUCCUUAUAUCGUCAUAUAUAAUACAUUCCAUUUUUUAUCUCAUUAGUGUUAACCUUGAAAUGUUUAUUUCCACUCGUAAACUGAUAUUUUACUUGUGUAUAUUAAAAUAAUAUCAUUUGUGGAAACACUCACUAUCCGCUGGUUUUGUUGAAUCUUCUUGGAAAAAAUCUACUAAUGUUGUUGGAUUCCAGUUAAAAAACUAUGAUGGAUUUUCAAAUCAAUCAUAAACGAAGUGAACCUUUUAAAAAAACGAUUAAACUAACGCUGUCAUGUUCAUUUGGGAAAUUACAAAUACUAAAGAAUCUAAAUGGCAAAGGGACAUCUGGAAAAAUUUCAUUAAAAUCACUGCCUAUCUGUGAACUCAAUGAAAAUUACCUGCUUAGCUUCAGUAAUGAGUGUUUAUAUAGAAAUUAUUUUAUUUUCAUUUUUCUUCUGUUUAUAACAAUUUCAAAUAAAUUUUAGUUUUAAAAUCACUGUACUUAAUAAGCCUUCGCUUGACAAAUAUUGGUCCUAGACUAUUAGUCCAUAUUGUCGAUAUAUGCUUUUUUGAAAUUUGUAAUAUGAUCGUACCUUUAUACAUUUAAUAUUUUUAUAUUUAGUUGAAUACAAUCAUAAAGAUUGUCUUCCGUAAUGAAGGAAGCGCCAGGGUGUAGUAUUUAAUUGCGACCUUUCAAUCAUUGGAUGUUUCAAUCUAUACAUUACAUACUAUGCACAAGGUCGUAUCAAUGUUGUUAGUGUAUGUGUAAUAAGGCUGUGUAAAUUUUCUUAUUUGUAACAAAAAAAUAUUUUCAGUUGUCAUACCUCACAUUUUUCAUCUAAAUUGUAUAGGAUGAAUCAUGAAAAAUUUUAUAUAAAUGUGUGAUUGUACAUAAUGGUGCGUAUUUCUUUUAUUAAAACUCGUUUGCUGAAAAUACCUCAAUCUUAGAAUAAGUAGUCAAUGGUUACAUCAACACAUACAUUAGAUAAAGUAGAACCUACAAGUGCGAAAAAUAACUUCUUAUUUUAGGAAUCAGUUGCUUUAAAUAUCAAUAAGGUUAUACAUAAAUAUUUUAUUUAAAGGUGAUUUCCAAUUUAUUGUAACACUAUAAAUAAUUUAUUACUUGCAUUAUAUAUUACACAUAUGUGUUAUUAAAACAAGAUUCCAGGGAUUGACCAAAAACGGGCAGCUUACGAUAGUUAAACUAUGGUUUCUCAGGAAUAUUCGAAGAAGUUCUGAGCAAACUGAUGUAGUAAAAUGGAGGAAGUCCUAAGAUACCCAUGAGGGUUGAAGAGUUGAAAUAGGGACUAAUGGGCCUAAAAUUAUUCUUAUGAAAAUAUUUUUCUGUUUUUAACUUAUGUUAUAUAGAAAGGUAUAAUGUACAGCAGGAACGAUCUCAGAUAAAAAUUAUUAAGAUCCUGAAUUACUUGUAAUUAGCACAUAAUAAAUACAUGCACCAAUAAAUAGAAAACUAAGUAUAUGUAAAUAUGUUGUAAAAGAAAAAUAUGCUGUACAUUAUUAAUCAAUUUGAAAGCUUUAUUAAGUUUCAAUAUAACAUACAUAAUACACAUCAUAAAAUAAAUCAAAAUAUUUGUCUCACUGAACAAUCUCAAUUUUCGAAUUUUGGCCAUUAAUAAUCCUUAACAACCAACUUAAUAUAAGAGCGAUGGAUUUUAAUAGUAAAAUUAAAACACUAUAUUUUAUAUAGAUUGGAGCUAUCAAUUUGAAUUUCUGCUAUUUUUGUAAAGUUUUAUAAUUAUUAUGUAUUUAUAAUUAUUUUAUAAUAUAAUUGUUUUAUUCUUUAACAUUGGACGUUCCAUUUUUUUUACACUACUAUGCACGUGCAGCCUCACAGACCGCUAUCUUUACGAGCUGGUUUCUAUUUUGAUGAGUGAGUAUUGUAUCAUUUUUUGUUUUUAUCCCUCAGAAUAGUUACUACAUGUAAAUAAAAGGUGUGAUUUUAACGAAAAAUGUAUUUAUUUUAACUAACGAUAUAACAAUCAAGGGUACUUUUCAGACUUUUUAUUUUAUUCUUCUUUGGCACACGAAAACUCAUAGUUUUGUCGCUUGUAAAAUCGAAUAAAGUUGAACCAAUCUCUCUGGACUUUUGUGCCUAAAUUAAAUUUGGUAUUUCCUUUUUAUUCUUUUCCAGUCCCAAUACGUUAAGUUUAGACAAAUCAUCUACAAGUUCAAUAGACGAGAACCAGUUAUCUGCUGUCACGUUCUUUGUAACAGCUGUGUCAAGCGUAGCACGCAUCGAGUGGGAGCAAGAAAUUUUCCUUGUCAGCUGAUAGUCCCCUGCCAUCGUUACUUUUCCCUGAAUUGAAAUAACCAUUAUAAAAGUUUUUGUUUUUGAGAAUUAGCGAUAAAUUUAUCAAAUAUUCCAGAAAUGGCGGACAGUUUAUCAGUCUUUAUUCUCUCGUUGCGAUCUGCUGGGUUGUCAAAACUUAGACUGUUCAGAAGAACUAAAAAUCUGGUUUCUGGCAUACAGCACCCAAAUAUUUCACAAACUGUUCUAAUCCAGCCAUUUUGAAGUUAGUCCAUAUCGAAAUUCAAAAUUCAAAAUGCUCAACACUAUAUUAUAUUGUGGAGAUCGAACUCUUUCGGAAAGUGGAUCUGUAUCCCAUUAACGAACCAAGAAAUAUCAAAAAAAACAUACAUCCAAUUAAAGAUUGGAACAUUCUUGAAAAGAAAACAAAUGAACGCAAAAUUUUUAGAAAUGGUUCACAUACUAGAAACGAGAAUGUUAAGAAUAAAAAGACCUAAAUAAUUAUAUAAGUAAAAUUUAUUUUUCUAUUUUAUAAAUUUUAAUGCAAUUACGAUGCUGGCUGCUGGUCAAUUUUUAUAUAUUAUUUUAAAUUGAUUUUCAUAAAAAGAAACCUAAAAUCAAAAUAAAUGAUCACGAAAAAAAAUAUUUACAUUUAAAAUCCAUCCUUGUUACCUGGACAACCUAAUCAUCCCCGAAUUCAUCUAUGAAAAAUUAUUUCCAAGAGAAAUCUCUCAGUUGAAAAUAAAUAUAUGGUAUGUAAGUGUUGACCACCAUCACGUUUUCUAAUUGAGGUCAAGUAUCUUUGGAGAUAUGUAGUCAAAGAGUUUCUUUUAACGGUCCAAAUUUCUUUUUAUAAAAAUGUAUAUCUAUUUAGACUAAAAGGUUUUAAGUCAGAUGGGAUUCAUUAAUUACUAUAUAAAUUACAUUCGUAAAUUAAUAUGUAUUUGUAACCUCAGAUAACUUAUCAUUUCAGUAUUUAAUAAUAUUUAUGGCUGAAUUUCUAUUCUCAAUAUAAUCCAAAUUAUUCAUCAAAUUUUAUUUUUGAGUAUAUAAAGUUUUUGCUGAUUCAUCCUGUAUACGCCCAUCUUCAGGCUGGAUAAAAUACAAUUUGUAAUUGGACUUAAGUUCUCCAAGACCAAGCAAAAUGUUAAAAAUAAUUGUAAAUCCAAUGUACUUCAAUAUGCAAACCUAGUAGGAGCAUCUGUUAGGAAUGCAUGAACUGAACUGUUCUCGUGGACAAAUCGCAAAAAAAUAAAAAACUAAAUUGGAUGUAGUUAACUUUUAAGGGUAAGUAACUUUUAAAGGUUCAGAGUUACGAAUAGUUAAAAUAUUAUCAAUGUAACGUUGUAACUACAUCCGCUUAGGGCAUCUAUACGAUGAUAUUAUAAAGUUGGUGUCAUUAUAUGUGCUUUUAAUCGAUUAAUAUCUACAUUUUUAAUCUAAGGGCGUUGUCAACUUACGUGAGCUUCACUAGUUCAAAGCAAAAAACGACAAAAUGUAUACUGACAACUUUUUAAAUAUAUGUGUAGUAAGAGUAAAAUUAUUUUUGUCAGUUUUCACAGUACACUAUUGCUCUCAUGACAAAUUAUUUUUAAUUGAAUUUAGUUAGAUGGAUGUGAUGUAACCUGGGUGACAACAAAAACUAAAUGGCAGAAUAUUUAUGGAAAUAUAUUUAUAAAAAGUUAUAAGAAUAUUUAUCAAAAUAUUCAGAAAUAACUACAGAUAUUAUAGAUAGUAUGUAAUCUAUAUAAAAAAGUUAAUUUCUCGUCUACUUUUGACCGAUGAAUUGGCAUUUAAUAUACAAGAUAACAUUAACCAAAAACUUUAAGUAUAUGUACAUAUCAUCUUAGACAGACCUAGAAUUGUUAAAAGUACACUAACUUAAAUUUACUUGACUUACCAAUUGCGCUAAAUAAUGAUUAGAUGUAUGUUUCUUUUAAUACUCCGUGAUUGUAAACUUCCAUCGCCUAUAUAUUGACGUCACCUUGGUACCUAUAAUGUGUUGAAAAUUGAUAUUUUUGAAAUUUU